UUUGUCCAUGUCAGACCCCCCCUCUCCCUCCUUGUUAGAGAUCAGAAGUGGGGGGAUUUACAGCAACAAGUGCAUUGCAGAGCGAGCAGGGAAUCCCAGAGCAGUGCACAGAGCAGGAGGGUGCUGAACUACAUGCAGACUGGCAUCUGGAGGGCAGCAGAUUCAUACCCUGGACUGGAUCACCUUUGCCAGCGCUGAGUCAGUGUGUGGGUGAAGCCUCUGGAUAAGAUUAGGCAAGUUCAUCAGCUGCUGAGCCCUGAGAUAAGCAGAGCAGCUUCUCCUUGUGAAGUGGUCAUCAGCUGGAGAAGUCAUGGCCAUCCUGUGCCUAGUCCUGGGAGUCCUGUCUGUUGUGGGUUCUAGUUCUUCACAAGAUCCUUCAGCAGCAAGUGUCGCGGCAUCCGUGGCUCCUAUAACUGUUCCCAAUCAACUUACUAAUGCUGCUGCUGCUGUCUCUCCUACUGUUUCUCAUUCUGGUACCACUGCCGCUCCCGUUGACGCUGCCACUGACGCUCCCGUUGACGCUGCCACUGACGCUCCCGUUGACGCUGCCACUGACGCUGCCACAGCCGCUCCCGCUGACGCUGCCACAGCCGCUGACGCUGCCACUGCCGCACCCGUUGUUGGCACUCUUGCAAAGACAGACUCUUCAGCUACAACCCCCCAUGCUACUACCAUUGCUGGUCACCAAGCCACAUUUACCACACCAUCAAAUAAAGCAUCCACUGGAGCAUCAUCAAACAUUGCAUCUGUUCCGGCAAACAGCUCAUUGGCGGGUCCCGUACCAGUCACAAAACAAGCAGACACCUCUCUAACAGUGGCAACAACUGGUGAAAUUAGUGCUAGCAGAGCAGGCAACUCUGUUACAUCACCUAGCUUGACUAAACAACCUGAAAGAACUAGUGCAACAGGACUUUCUACAGAACCUUCCCAGGCAAGCAAUGCUACGAAAACCAGCUUGAAAUCGACACCUUCAGUUACAGUCGCUGAAACCGCAAUGCCAAUCCCAAUUUCAGGGACUCCCAAAAGCACCAUGAUACAGACGCCAGGUUCAUCAUCAUCACCACCACCUUCGAAGACGACGUCCCCCACCACAGCAGGAGAGACUAAACUGACUAUGACCACUAAGCCCAUGACAGCAAAGCCCCCAAGAAGCUCUCCUUCCGUUCCUACAGCAGAUGCUGAAUUAACAACUCGUGUGAAUAUCAAGGAUAUCACGUCACAGAAGACCACUGAGAAUAAUGAAGUAGAAAAGCCAAUGAAAAAUAUUGAGGUGAGAUGCACAAAUACAACAACAAGCCUGACAUCAAAUGUGAGGAUAAACAUGAAAGGCUCAGCAUUUUGCGGCAAUGAUGGUAAGCGCACAGAAGGUGGACAUUCAACAGAAGACACAAUAUCCAUGGUCGUGUGCAAGGCUUUAAAACCAGGAUACCAGGAAAACCAAGGCAAAUGCAUUAUUCAACUGGCCAGGAUUAGUGACGACGAGUUGGUCAUUACUGAAGCUUUCGUUGAAAGUCACCUCCAGCCAAAGGAAUUGUACACACAACUGAAAAAAAAUGGGGAACAUUUGCAUUUGUUCAGUUAUGGAGAGCCAUAUCCAGAGGAUGAAGAUGUGGUGAGCAUUCCCCUGAUAAGUGCCAUUGUCAGUUUGGCUGUGCUUUUGCUGAUCAUUGCAGCUGCUUAUGGAUGCUGGCACCAGAGAAAGUCUCGUAAGAGAGAACAGAGACUCACUGAAGAGCUCCAGACCAUGGAAAACGGUUACCAUGAUAACCCAACCCUGGAAGUCAUGGAGACUGCUCCAGAGAUGCAAGAGAAGAAGGGUGGCCCUAAUGGAGAACUUGGAGACAGCUGGAUUGUUCCACUUGACAACCUAACAAGAGAGGAUUUAGAAGAAGAAGAGGACACGCAUUUAUAAAGCAAAUGAAAAGCAAUUAGACUGAAUGGGAAACCCAGCGCAAAGUGCAUUAUAUGGCUGGUCAUCAAGCUAAGAUGGACUGCAGCCAACACAUAUAAUGGAGUGCCAGACCUGUCAAGAAAAGGCAGUUUCUACCUUUAGUGACAUCCCAUACACAAACAUAUUACCAAAGGUAUCUUAAGAAGUGACCACAGUAAAUAAGGUAUAUAAAGGAUCUAUAGUAUGUAACUGCUUGGAAGUGUCUGGCCUUUAAAAAAAUGAACUCUUUAUGAUUAGCUGACAGCAGAAUUUUAUGGCAAUUCUGAAACAUUUGUGAUAUAAUUACAAGGAAUUUUAUUGUGCCCAACAUUCUAUUUUGUAUCAUAGAACCAAAAGCUUCACAGGUAUCAAACCUUGUAAUGAGAUGAAAACAAAGUCCUGUCUAUAUAAUCAUUUGUCUGUGGCUAUGGUAAUGGGACCGUCACACCAUGCACUAACCAAUAGCAAAUGCACCAACAGCACUGUUUGUUAAAUCAGUGUACCGAUUAAGAAGUUACUGCCAUCACCUUUGGCAAAGUAAAUGUGUUACUGACUACUGUACGUGUUUCACUGUUUCCCUGAGCAAAUACAGUUAUUCAUAGACCUAUUAACUCAAAACAAUAUUUAACUCCAAUUGAAAACGUUCAGAUUUCAUUAGGAUACUCUAUACUAUUCUGUUUUCAACAGGAAAAUUACCUGUAUUGUAUAUAUGUCUGUAUAUAUAGAGAGAGAGAGAAAGAAAGAGA